UACCAUACAGGUGCCGCCGAAAGUUCCCCGCCCCUGACAGCACUAGGUCUCGACCGCCCGCCGUGGAACCUUAUUCGUGACAACAUCUCCCGGGGGCCAGCAUACAAAGCUUGACACAACACAGUCACCGACGACUAUUUAAACUGUGAAUCCCGAUUGUUGAACGCGUGAACACCUCGCCUGUCGAUCCGCGCCAACAAGCCUACCCAUCAUCUCCGUGUCUUCCGGCUGCUGCUCUCCUCCCCCCAGCUCUUCCUACAUCCGCUGGGCAGGAUUCGCUAGUAUACUGGAAGUGAAGAUGAAGUACGUGAUCGUCGUCAACGGCGGACGUUCCGCGGAUGUCGCCAUGACAACCGACAUCAUCGCUCUGAUGCGGCAUUACCUCGCUCAGCGAAACACUCGCGUCGCAGGCGUACAUUCGAGUGAGCGAAACUUACAAUCCCAGCGGGGGGUGCUCAAAAAGGAAUUUUUGGAGCAGAUGGUGGAGAGCGUGCGCAUGCUUAAGAGUGGGGACUCGCUGCUUGUGUGCAUUCUUACCCACGGUGCCGCAGACGGUUACGCGAUGCUUGACGACGAAUAUGUUACCAAGUUGGAAAUAUACAAUGCUCUGAAGGGCAUCCCCCGAGAUUCCAGGGUUUCUAUCGUGACUACCGCCUGCUACGCAGGUAUGUGGCCUGGCAUUACUAGACAGAUUCCUCCGGACAAAAACGCCAUUCACAUCAUGGCUUGCGGACCGAAGGAGAAGAGCCAGGUGUACCGCACGUUUUCGAACUUCUACAGAUGUAGUUUGCACGCCGCUGAAUUUCUGACCGAGAUUCGUCCUGAUCCGGACCGCACCUUGCGGGUGCAUCAUAAGCGGGUUGCGGCGAGAAUGGCGUUCGUCGAUGCCAAUAGCCACGAGGGACAAUCAAAGCCCAUGUUGGAAGGUGGCAGGCAAACACUAUGGAAUCACUGUAUCGACGACUGGAUUCCCGUAGCAGCACCUGUCGCUCAGUCUUUCAUACGCCAUAUGGAUGCUGCGGAAAAGCCCGACUUUCUGCGCCAGGUCGAGAACUGGUUGAUAAAAAACGUGCUGGCUACUUUCGGUGAUAUCCCGCCGUACAAGGCCGAUCAUAUCCGCGGGCUUCUAGAACAGGAGUUGAAACAGCUACAGUGUGGCCCGGUGGUUCGAUUUGAGGUGAUUUUAGUGGAGUGCACCAAGUACGCACUAAAGGCACACAAAAAUCCCCCUUUUCAGCUGGAACUCAUCCGCGUGUAUGAGUACAUUGGGUUGCUCAAAGAACGGGCGGCUGCGGCGGUGAGGUUCCUCAUCGCUGAUGGUGCGCUUCCGAGCAACGUCUAUCGCGACGCUUACGACUUGGGGCAACUGUUCACGAUACACCAUGGCUGGAUGCGCCACUUGUCCACCGUCGUGAACAUCUCCGAGUCGGCGAAGAUUCCCUCGACGAUAUUUGGUGGCGUCUACGAUCGCCACGUCGAAUGGCUCGCUUGUGUUUUUGCGGCGGGUUCGGCAAAGUCCUCCAACGUCGAUCUGGAAGUUUGUGUACCGGUUUUCAAUCGGGCAUUCUUUUUACCCGCCGGGGACUGGAAGGCGGCUCCGGCGAUGGUGUGAUUGAAGCGGAGGUGCGCGUGGCAGACGCUAUGUGCUCUGACUAGGCGGUGUUUGAUGCCGUCAUGAUGUGUUCUGCUCCGGAGCUGUGUUUCCACA